AUGGCGCUCGGGCUGCUCAUCGCUGUGCCGCUGCUGCUGCAGGCGGCGCCCCCCGGCGCUGCUCACUAUGAGAUGAUGGGCACCUGCCGCAUGAUCUGCGACCCCUACAGCGCCGCACCCGGCGGGGGACCCGCGGGAGCCAAAGCCCCUCCGCCGGGACCCAGCACCGCCGCCCUGGAAGUCAUGCAGGACCUCAGCGCCAACCCUCCGCCCCCCUUCAUCCAGGGACCCAAGGGCGACCCAGGGAGACCCGGCAAGCCAGGGCCGCGGGGGCCGCCCGGAGAGCCGGGCCCGCCUGGACCCAGGGGUCCCCCGGGGGAGAAGGGCGACUCGGGACGGCCCGGGCUGCCUGGGCUGCAGCUGACGGCGGGCUCGGCGGGCGGCGUUGGUGUGGUGGGUGGCGGAGCCGGGGGCGGAGGCGACUCCGAGGGCGAUGUGACUAGCGCGCUGAGCGCCGCCUUCAGCGGCCCCAAGAUCGCCUUCUACGUGGGCCUCAAGAGCCCCCACGAAGGCUACGAGGUGCUCAAGUUCGACGAUGUGGUCACCAAUCUGGGCAAUCACUACGACCCCACCACGGGCAAGUUCAGCUGCCAGGUGCGCGGCAUCUACUUCUUCACCUACCACAUCCUCAUGCGCGGCGGCGACGGCACCAGCAUGUGGGCGGACCUCUGCAAGAACGGGCAGGUGCGGGCCAGCGCCAUCGCGCAGGACGCCGACCAGAACUACGACUAUGCCAGCAACAGCGUGGUGCUGCACCUCGACUCCGGGGACGAGGUGUACGUGAAGUUGGACGGCGGCAAGGCUCACGGCGGCAACAACAACAAGUACAGCACCUUCUCUGGCUUUCUUCUGUACCCGGAUUAG